AGGCUGUUGAUAAGUAUUUGAGCUUCUUGUCUUCACAAUCCACUAUUUCCUUCUACUACAGCAUGGGAGCACUGGUCUUCCUUAUUGGCUUGGGAUGUUAUUGUUUCUUAAAAACUUGCAUCUCCCUUGCUAAUUUGGACCAACGUAUAGCCGGCUGCCAAAACUUUUGCCUUGCCAUGUUGAUGUGGAAUUGCCUUCCUGCUACAAUGUUCAUCAUUGUUACCAUAUAUGUCUUCAUUUUUUGUGGUAUUGCUUAUGGUUUGUUUCUUGCUACACAUAAGAGUUGGCAUCGCCACUACCAAAUCCUAGAGAAGCGGAAUCUUACACAGGUGUACGUAGUGGUGGAUCAACAUGGCCAUUAUACCCCACCAACACUAGAUCCGAGGCAUGAACAACACCUUCGAUCUCUUAAUCUAUUGUAGAGCUGAGGGAAAUAUUUAAUUGAUGGCUCCAAAUACCUUGCAUAUGUCAUUUGAAUGCUUUUUUGGGAUGUUGCUCACCAUUGUAUAUACUUUAAUCUUUUACCCAGUGAAAUAAAUUACUUCUUCA